AUGGCCUCAAAAACAGAAAACGUCAAAUGGGUAGACGGCCUUAGAGGAUGUGCGUCCCUUUUAGUCGUUUUCACCCACAUUGCUCGUGCUUUUGAUGUCGACCUCUUUCUUCCAACAUCCGCCGAAGGCGUAGCUCCACGCAUCCUACAAUAUCCUUUCUUCCGAGUUUUUACCCAGGGCAGAAUCGGUGUGUCCAUCUUUGCGCUGGUGACAGGAUAUGUCUGUGCCUUAAAGCCAAUUCGGCAAAUUCGCUCAGGCUGUCCUGAGUCUGCGUUCAAUUCUAUUUCACGCAGCGCUUUUCGCCGUAUUCCUCGCCUCGUCUUGCCAACUACCAUCGCAACAACUCUUAUUUGGCUCUUGUGCCAGCUGGGGGUCUUCGAUGUCGCUAACCAUGUACAAAGUGUGUGGCUGAAUCAUUCAUCGCCAAACGCAACCCCUUACGUGGGACCCGCACUAAGAGAUCUCAUAUACAAUCUGACUACAACCUGGACAAAAGAGUUCAACGUCUAUGAUAUAAACCAAUGGACAUUGUUUCCCCUCUUGAAAGGCAGCAUGCUGGUGUACGUCAUGAUUGUAGCUUCAGCUUACUGCAAAACAAAGUAUCGAAUGAUAGUGGAGUUUUCCCUCUUCUUGUUCUGUUACAUCGCAAAAGAUGCAACCUUUGGUAUGCUUUUCUUCUUUGGCGCUUUUCUCUCCGAUCUUUCUCAACAUCCUUCCCACAACCAUUGGCUCGCCAAUCACAGAUUACUAUCAUGUGUGCUCUCACCUCUUCUCAUAGUAUUUGGCAUGCUUCUAGCCUCUUAUCCUGAGGACAAGGCCGAGUGGGCACAUUGGUCUGAAAUAUUGCGCCAAAUGGCAGCCUAUAUUUUCCCCGCUGACAACGAAACACCUCGCUAUUAUUCCGGUCUAGGCCUGAUUUUUAUCUGCAUGGGAAUACACAUGUCAAAUUUUGUCAAGGAUGCUCUCUCCCAUAGAUGGCUACUCUGGCUCGGCAAAAAUUCCUUCGCUGUCUAUUUACUCCAUGGCACUCUCCUCCGUACCAUUUUGGUAUGGAUGUAUUUCGGUGUCUCAAUUCCCGCCGACAUUAUUCAUGAAGACGGUUCUUCCGAGCCGGGCCAUUUGCCUUACCCAGGUCGCCUUCGAUGGUACUUUUGGAUGCCAAUCUGGUUUUUCAUCCUGUACUCUAUUGCGAACUUAUGGACAAAGUACGUUGACCCAUGGUGCGCAAAGGCCACCGAGAGCCUUGUGAGGUUUGUAUUCCAAGAAUCCGCAGAUGAUUCUGUUGAAAAGGGUCUUAUACCUAGAUAA